CCGCAAGCUCCGCCCCUUCUGUGAGUGUCUUCGGCUCGCUGCGGCACAAGGACUGUCAACUCACCGCAACUUUGAUCAGUCACUGGAUUUUACUUCACUUCUGGAGUACAACAACUUACUUUUCUGGGGUGUAACGUUAUUAGAUCGGCCUCGGAUGAGAUGGAGGUUUAGGACGGCUGAUUGUCACAGUACAGAGUAAGAUUUGGGUAAUAUUUAGUGUUUGAUGGCUGCCGGGGAUGGAGCUCAGCUGCCGGCGACCGUAGCGGCCAGCAGGAGCGUGGAGAAGGCGCUGGAAGAGGCUGCGUCCUGUGGAGCGCUCAUCCUCUCCAACCGCAAACUCAAAGAGUUCCCCCGCACCGCCAAGAACUACGACCUGUCCGACAUUACACACGCAGACCUGUCAAAGAACCGGCUCUGUGAGGUGCCAGAGGAGGUGUGUCAGUUUGUCUCAUUGGAGACGCUCAGCCUGUACCACAACUGUGUGCGAUCCCUCACGCCCAACCUGUGCCAGCUGCAAGCCCUCACCUACCUCAACCUCAGUCGUAACCAGCUGUCCAGUCUCCCGUCAUCAGUAUGUCAACUCCCUCUCCUGCGAGUGCUCAUCGUCAGCAACAACAAGUUAUCAGUCAUACCGGCCUCCAUACACACACUCAUACACCUGCGACAACUGGAUGUGAGCUGUAAUGAGCUGCAGUCACUUCCUGUUGAGCUCGGCCAGUUAGAAUGUUUAAGGGAUUUAAAUCUGAGAAGAAAUCAGCUUACAAUUUUACCAGAAGAGCUGUCAGAGAUGCAGCUUGUCCGUCUGGAUGUGUCGUGCAACCGCAUUUCACACGUUCCUGUGUGCUACCGUCAUCUCCGGCACCUCCAAAGCAUCAUUCUUGACAACAACCCCCUCCAAAUGCCCCCCGCCCAGAUCUGCUCCAAAGGAAAGUUCCACAUCUUUAAAUAUCUGAACAUGGAGGCCUGCAAAAGGACUCAGGACCAGUUUGAAAAAGCUCUGCGGCCCACCGCCUUCAACAGCUGUCUGGAUCAGGAUCUGUUCCCCUGUCAGUAUGGUGGCCUGGAUUCUGGAUUUAACAGUGUGGACAGUGGAAGCAAAAGAUGGUCAGGAAAUGAGUCUGCCGAUGAUUUCUCGGAACGGUCACUGCGAUUGACAGACAUUUCCCGGGAACACACAAAUUUUCAGGAGGAAGAGGAGAGAAAUAUAUUGCUAGAUACACCCAAAGUGAAUGGAGACCUGGAGCAAGUGGAUUUUGUAGACAACAGUGUAACGGAGGAAGAAGAGGAGAGGUGCCACCCACAGGAAAAGAAUGAAAGUACCAGCAGCACACACUCCCAGAGCCCAGAAUCUACAUGCAGCAAGAUAUUUGUGAUUGGGGAUGGUUCAGACUCCGGCUCUCCACCCAGUCCCACUUUAGAAGAGAGAAGGAGACCUGGAACCCUGCUCAUCUGGCAGGAGAGAGAGAAAGCCCAGCAGCAGAAAGCCCAAGCUAGCACUUUGCAGAAGAUGACUGUAAAAACAGGAAGUAACUUGGCGACGACGACAAAGCACGGAGGAACAGGAAGUGUUUCGGGUGGUGAUUCUGAUAGCAACUCUCCACCCAACGGCCUGAAGCAGAGAUGUGCAAGUGUAGAUCAGGUUUCUCCAACCUCUCAAUCGGGGUCUUUACAACGCUCCAUCAGUCGCACAGAUGCGUCCUCUGCGAAGCCCUGUUCUCCUCCAGGUUCUGCUCCCAAACCCAACAGCUUCUUAUUCCGCACAUCCUCACGCUGCAACGUCAAGACGGGAUCAGGAAACAGUUUGGCGGAGUCUGGCCGCAGUGACUCCCGCUCCACACUCAGAUCCCCUCGAGAGGAGAGAACAGACGUCCUGCAGCUGCGCAAAACUCUGGAGGCCCGUCUGAAGAUCUCUCUGCCUGAGGAUCUGGGAGAGGCGUUGUCCAAUGGCACAGUUCUCUGCCAGUUGGCCAAUCACGUGCGACCUCGUUCUGUGUCAAUCAUCCACAUCCCCUCACCGGCCGUGCCAAAGCUGAGUGCUGCCAAGUGCCGCCUCAAUGUCGAAAACUUCAUUGCUGCAUGUCGUAGACUGGGAGUCCCUGAGGACACACUGUGUCCGCCGCAGCUGAUUCUGGAGGAAGAGGGGCUCACUCGCAUCGCUCAGACCGUUCAGACGCUUUUGGAGUUGCCCACGUCAGGUUCCCGUCGCUCAUCCCGUCAGGACCCCUCAGGGCUUCCUCUUCAAUCCACGACUCAAAAUCAAGAUGCCGCCUCCUAGUGCUCAAGUGAUUAUUUCCAGCACAUUUCAGUUGCACAAUGUAUUAUUAUAAUUUUUUUUAAUGUUAGAAAUGGUGAUCAGAAGCCAUCAUGUAAUAAUACCAGCUUGACACAAUGUUACAAUGCAUGUACAAAGGAGUUUAUGUAAAUUGCUAGCUCAAGUUCUUUGUGACUGAAACAGAGGAAAUGAAGGACAAUAAAGCAAAUUUAACUUAAAA